CGGCGGCGGCGGCGGAGCCAACCGCUCGGGUUCCGAUGAGUAACUCCAGGAAUAACCGGGUGAUGGUGGAAGGGGUCGGGGCCCGAGUGGUGCGCGGCCCGGACUGGAAGUGGGGGAAGCAGGACGGCGGCGAGGGCCAUGUGGGCACGGUCCGGAGCUUCGAGAGCCCCGAGGAGGUGGUGGUGGUGUGGGACAACGGCACCGCCGCCAACUACCGCUGCUCCGGGGCCUACGACCUGCGUAUCCUGGACAGCGCGCCCACGGGCAUCAAGCAUGAUGGAACCAUGUGUGAUACCUGCCGCCAGCAACCAAUCAUUGGCAUUCGAUGGAAAUGUGCGGAGUGUACAAAUUAUGAUUUGUGCACAGUUUGUUAUCAUGGAGAUAAACAUCAUUUAAGGCAUCGCUUUUAUAGAAUUACUACACCAGGAAGUGAGCGGGUUCUGUUAGAGUCCCGUAGAAAAUCUAAGAAGAUUACAGCCAGAGGGAUCUUUGCAGGUGCCAGAGUGGUACGAGGAGUGGACUGGCAGUGGGAAGAUCAGGAUGGAGGAAAUGGACGUAGGGGAAAGGUAACAGAAAUCCAAGACUGGAGUGCAUCAAGCCCACAUAGCGCGGCCUACGUUCUCUGGGACAAUGGUGCUAAGAACCUUUACAGAGUUGGCUUUGAGGGCAUGUCUGACCUGAAGUGUGUCCAGGAUGCCAAAGGAGGUUCUUUCUACAGAGAUCAUUGUCCUGUGCUAGGUGAGCAGAAUGGCAACAGGAAUCCUGGUGGAUUGCAGAUUGGUGACCUGGUCAAUAUAGAUCUUGACCUAGAAAUUGUACAGUCUUUGCAGCAUGGUCAUGGAGGAUGGACUGAUGGCAUGUUUGAGACUUUAACUACAACUGGAACUGUUUGUGGCAUUGAUGAAGAUCAUGACAUUGUAGUACAGUAUCCAAGUGGCAAUAGGUGGACCUUCAAUCCUGCUGUUCUCACUAAAGCGAACAUUGUCCGAAGUGGGGAUGCUGCUCAGGGCGCAGAAGGAGGCCCCUCACAGUUCCAAGUGGGUGAUCUUGUACAAGUUUGUUAUGACCUGGAAAGAAUUAAACUUCUACAGAGAGGACAUGGAGAAUGGGCUGAAGCUAUGCUCCCAACUUUAGGUAAAGUUGGCCGAGUACAACAAAUUUAUUCAGACAGUGAUUUAAAGGUGGAAGUCUGUGGAACAUCUUGGACGUAUAAUCCAGCAGCAGUUUCCAAGGUGGCAUCUGCAGGAUCAGCCAUUAGCAAUGCAUCUGGUGAAAGACUCUCCCAACUCUUGAAGAAAUUAUUUGAAACCCAAGAAUCUGGUGACCUCAAUGAAGAAUUAGUUAAGGCUGCUGCCAAUGGAGAUGUUGCUAAAGUGGAAGAUUUGCUAAAAAGACCAGAUGUGGAUGUGAAUGGACAGUGUGCUGGUCACACAGCCAUGCAAGCUGCUAGUCAGAAUGGACAUGUUGACAUUUUGAAGUUACUUUUGAAGCAAAAUGUGGAUGUAGAAGCAGAGGAUAAAGAUGGAGAUAGAGCCGUUCACCAUGCAGCUUUUGGAGAUGAAGGUGCUGUUAUAGAAGUUCUGCACCGAGGCAGUGCUGAUCUGAAUGCACGAAACAAGCGCCGGCAGACACCACUUCAUAUUGCUGUCAAUAAAGGUCACCUUCAAGUGGUGAAGACUUUAUUGGACUUUGGCUGUCACCCCAGUCUUCAGGAUUCUGAAGGUGAUACCCCUCUUCAUGAUGCAAUAAGUAAGAAACGUGAUGAUAUCCUGGCAGUUCUUCUGGAAGCUGGAGCAGAUGUUACCAUUACAAAUAAUAAUGGAUUUAAUGCUCUACACCAUGCUGCACUAAGAGGAAAUCCCAGUGCAAUGCGUGUUUUACUGUCGAAAUUACCAAGACCGUGGAUUGUGGAUGAGAAGAAAGAUGAUGGUUAUACAGCUUUGCAUCUGGCUGCCCUUAAUAAUCAUGUAGAAGUGGCUGAACUGUUGGUACAUCAGGGUAACGCAAACCUGGAUAUCCAGAAUGUGAACCAGCAGACUGCCCUACACCUUGCUGUGGAGCGACAGCACACCCAGAUUGUGAGGCUUUUGGUCCGUGCAGGUGCCAAAUUAGAUAUUCAGGAUAAGGAUGGGGAUACUCCUUUGCAUGAAGCUCUGAGGCAUCACACUUUGUCUCAGCUACGUCAACUUCAAGAUAUGCAAGAUGUGGGGAAGGUCGAUGCUGCCUGGGAGCCAUCCAAAAACACCUUAAUAAUGGGACUUGGUACCCAGGGAGCCGAGAAGAAGAGUGCAGCAUCUAUUGCCUGUUUCUUGGCUGCUAAUGGUGCUGACCUUAGCAUUCGAAAUAAGAAGGGUCAGUCGCCACUUGAUCUUUGUCCUGAUCCCAGUCUCUGCAAGGCACUGGCAAAGUGUCAUAAAGAAAAAGUCAGUGGUCAGGUGGGUUCUCGAAGUCCUUCUAUGAUUAGUAAUGAUUCUGAAACCUUAGAAGAGUGUAUGGUGUGCUCAGAUAUGAAGAGAGAUACUCUUUUUGGCCCAUGUGGACAUAUUGCUACCUGUUCUUUGUGUUCUCCACGAGUCAAGAAAUGCCUCAUCUGUAAAGAACAAGUUCAAUCCAGGACAAAGAUAGAAGAAUGUGUGGUAUGCUCUGACAAGAAAGCAGCUGUUCUUUUUCAGCCGUGCGGACACAUGUGUGCUUGUGAGAACUGUGCUAAUCUGAUGAAAAAGUGUGUGCAGUGUCGGGCAGUAGUUGAACGAAGAGUGCCUUUCAUCAUGUGUUGUGGAGGGAAAAGUUCAGAGGAUGCCACUGAUGAUAUUUCAAGUGGGAAUAUUCCGGUGUUACAAAAGGAUAAGGAUAACACCAACGUCAAUGCAGAUGUGCAGAAGCUGCAGCAGCAGUUACAGGACAUUAAAGAGCAGACAAUGUGCCCUGUGUGUUUGGAUCGUCUGAAGAAUAUGAUUUUCCUUUGUGGCCAUGGAACGUGCCAGCUCUGUGGAGACAGAAUGAGUGAAUGUCCUAUUUGUCGAAAGGCUAUUGAACGAAGGAUUCUUUUGUAUUAACUUAAAAACUCAGUGUGUUUUGUUAGCUAAAGUAUUUGGUCAUGAGAUCUUAGUGAGCUAGUUGGAGGUUCUAAUGAGCUAAUUUUUAAUAUCAUACUUUCUUUACUAGAGUGUAAUUAGACUGUAAAUGUACCAGAACAACAACAACAAAAACUCUACAAAACAGUGUUUGAAGCUGUGCUUUUUGUUUUUUUGGUUUUUUCCUUUCAAUUUGAAACAUCAAAUCCAUGUAAUUCAUAGAUGAUUUACCUUUGACUUCUAAGGGGGAAAAUCCUUUAAGGAUCUCCUGUAUUUUUGUUUUUAUUGCAUUUUCUCUUAUAGUUUAUAAAUUUGUUAGACCUCAAAGAUAUACUUCCUUAUGAUCAGCUCUCUUUCAAUUUAUCAUGAUUUUACACAGUGAGCUGAUACAGGUACUCAGAAAAGUCAUGCAUCAAAUGAAAGGGGGAAGUCAAACCAUUAUGUCAUGUAUGUUAAAUGAUAAAAUUAUAGUACAAGUUCUGCAUGGUUA